GCACUAACGUGUCACUAGUAAAAACACGAGCGCUAUGUGUUUUAUAAAUAUGGCCAGCCUUUACCAACGCGCCCAAUUUUCUUUUUUGGCCGCGGCCUUUCCGCAGCUCGAAGCGAAACUGGUAUGUUUGAGGAUGAUUGAAAUUGAACAAAACGCGCCAGUUCUCGAUGUCGACUCGAUCAUCACAAUCGUCAUCAGCUGGCUCUUCUCCCGCGGGUCUGCUCGCGCUAUUUUCCAAAGUAUCGGCGCGUGUGGCUGUACACGUGUGGCACGAACUUUUUACCUCGUGAUCGAAGGCGAAAAAUAUCUAUUUGUGCAAAAACUAAGAGUGCGCUCGAAUUUAGCAUAAACUUUAACAUGGUGUCGUCAGGAGUCAUUAAAUGCAGCGCUCAACAACUGAAUCUGGACGUGACACUGACGUGUGGGCAAGCUUUUAGGUGGAAGAAGAAUAAUCACUCUGAAUGGAUUAGCACUUUUGCAGGCAGGGUAUGGUGCCUGAGGCAGGAUGACGACGGAAACCUCCACUACCGGGUGCUCAAUGCCGUUAACAAUGGGUUGUGCUCUCCAUAUAUUGAUAAUUCACACGCAGUAUCUCGCAACAGAAAGCGGAAACGCUUGGAGAGUCUGCCAAUUUCAUCAGGAGAAAACGAAGACCUCUUGAGGGACUACUUUCAGCUGGGAGUGGACUUGGAGGGCCUGUACACUGAAUGGUGUCGUGUGGACCCUACCUUCAAAGCAACUGCCAACUACCUCCCUGGAAUCAGAGUACUGCGUCAAGAGCCCAUAGAGGCUCUGAUGGCCUUCAUUUGCUCAUCCAACAAUAACAUCACUCGCAUCAGCUCUAUGGUUGAAAAGUUGUGCACCAUGUAUGGAACUAAGCUUCUUGAGGGCAAAGAAGGGUCCUUUUAUGCCUUUCCUACGGCUGCCCAGAUGGUCCGAGGAGGGGUUGAGGAGGAGCUGAGGGCUGCUGGCUUUGGAUACAGAGCAAAGUAUGUGCAUGGCACGGCCAAGGCACUUGCUACACGGGAUCCUAUGUGGUUGCAAUCACUUAGAGAUACCUCUUAUGCUGAGGCGCACCGCCAACUCAUUGAACUUCCUGGUGUUGGUGCAAAGGUGGCUGACUGCGUGUGCCUAAUGGCACUGGACAAGGCUGAGGCAGUGCCAAUUGAUGUGCAUGUCUGGCGCAUGGCAACUCGGCACUACCUGCCCCAUCUUAGGUCCCUAAAGAAUCUUUCAGCAGCUGCCUAUAAAGAAAUUGGUGACCACUUCAGGGAACGCUUUGGCUCCUAUGCUGGCUGGGCACAGUCUGUGCUGUUCACCUCUGAUUUGAAGAAGCACACCAAGUCCAGUCCAUCAGAAUCUGAAGAUGUAAAAGAGAGCGCCACUGAAUAGAUCAAACCAGCAGACAAUAUUAUUUUCUUCAGUGAUCUCAUUCAGCCUAGGUGUAUGCAUAGGAAGGUGUCCACAAGUAUAGCGAGGCUUCCUAAGCACCUCUUGCUUCACUUACCACCAAGCCAUGCUUUGAGUGGGCAGUUCUAAGUGGACUCAACUGUAUUUUCUUUUUCCCUGUUGCAAUCAAAGAGCACAUAAUUAAAAUGGUAAACCAUUGAAAGCAUUCAUCUGUUUUACACUGACUUUCGAUGGUCAGACACAAGGCAAAAAUAUGCAGAACAGCUUUGCUGUGAUUGGAAGAUUUGCUAACUUUAUAAUCCGUUUACAAAAUACUGGGUUAAUACGUACAAGACACAAGUACACAGGAAAAUGGAGGCUUGAAAUGAUCAGCAAUGGUCGAACAAGAAAUGUCACUAGAGCCAACAUUUUCGAUGUUUCGAACAAGCAUAUAGACG